AUGUCUCGUAUCUUGAAACCUGUCUCAAUUGAUACGGCAUUAGAGCAUUUCCGCGCACGCAUCGGACACAACCCAAAUCGAGUGAAAUCUUUUCGGAAACUGGAAAUUUGGAUCUACUUUCAGCUCGGCCACGUGACUUCCACAUGGAGCACCUUAUGGCGAAUCAAACUCUCGCUCUGCGGCAUGCGUGUUCUUGUGUUCAACUGCAGAAUCGGUCGGCAAAUCAAAACACCUGUUGAAAUUCGCCAGGUGUUGCGUGUCUCCGACACCGUCUCUCGGCGAAGCACUUGGUUAAGUUUGCUCCGGAACGCCGCCGAGGGACUCGUCCGCAUGAACCAGACUUUGGGCCUCAGAAGAAUGGGCAUUUUGAAUCUAGACUGUGCGAUCAGUUCCUCCGGCGCGCCCCCGGCUCCGGAGGGACUUGAGUAA